CACCGACAUGAAGUACCCAAUUAUUAAAUAUACACGCGAACCGAAGUUGUGUUUUACCUGUACAUGCAUGCAAGUGCAUGACCAGCUCGAAACGUGUCUUCUUCUUCAACACAGAAACAGUCAUCAAACAAAUUCUUGAUCGGGCUUAUAUAGAUACUAGCUGAUUAUCUUCUCAAUUAAUUCAAAUUAAUCAAACCUUAAUUUGAUAAUUUCCAUGCCUGCAUGGAAUAUUCAGCCAGAUCUCAAACAGAAUUCCAGACCUUCUUCCGGGAAUGGCUGAUCCAACUGGAGCGCUACCUUAAUCAGCUUCUCAACCUUCUUCAGUCCCCAGAUGAUCAUCAACAAGACGAGCCCAAUCACAAACAACUCAUUCGCCGAGUCAUGGCUCACUACCAUGACUACUUCCUUGCCAAGGCCCGAGUUUCUAGCCGGAAUGUGUUUCUUGUUCUGUCACCACCGUGGUUCAGCCCCUAUGAGAGAAUCUUCCUAUGGGUGGCUGGGUUCAAGCCGGGUCUUUCCAUCUGUAUCGUGAAAACAUGUGGGCUGGAGUUGACUUCCGAUCAGGCGGAGAGGAUUGAGAGGUUGACGGUGGAGACUAAAGAUGAUGAGAGUGCGAUUACGGAGAGGCUGGUGAGGUUGGAGCAGCAGGUCUUGGCGCCGACCAUUCUGGCACUGACCAGGAUGGGAGGAAGGGAAGUGAAUGGGAUGAUUGAUGAUGCGGAUGCCGCCGUGGAUAGUUUGGCAAAGGGUAUGGAGUUUUUGGUUGGGUUGGCGGAUUUUUUGAGGGAGAAGACGGUGGCGAAGGUGGUGGGGAUACUGACGACGGCUCAGACGGUGAUGUUCUUAGCGGCUAUGAUUCAAUUUCAGCUAAGAAUUAGGAGGUGGGGGCAGCUGAGGGAGACGGAGAUCCAUCGCGACGCUAAUAAUCCACUGUCGAUCGGAUUCGGAGGUGGGGGCAGCUAGCUAGCUGAGGGAGACGGUGAUGUUCUUAACGGCUAUUUCUCAAAAGAUAGUCGUUAAUCUGACAUUUGCAUGGCCGGUUUCAUAUAUAAAUACCAAUCGCUUUCCCUUGUGUUAUGAUGUUUAAAUUUGUUUCGUUUUCUUUCUCUUUCUCUACAACAGAAAAAUAAUCCACUCUCGUCCGAAGACAGGUGGCAUGUUAUCGGAUGAUGACAGCUAUAAUCGUUGUUUUCCUUUAAAUUUUAUGUUUCCACUGUUUUUUAUGGUUUUGUUUUGUAAUAUAUUGUGUUUGUUUUUUUUCAUAAACUACGUACAUCUUUGUUGAAUUCCUAUAAAUUUUAUAUUUCUUUUUAUGGUUCA